GGGAAAGACGGCCCCGCUCCUACCGGCCGCCGCCGAGCCGCUGCCUGGCGGACUCCGCUCGCCAUGGGCCGGCCGGGCCAGCCCCCCCGCGGCCGCCCCCUCCGGGCCGGCGGGGAGAGGCGAGGGGGCUCGGCCGGGACGGACCAGCCGCGCCGCCCGGCGGACAGGACACGGCUCUGCGGGGCACCGCGGGGGCCCGACGGGCGGAGCCCGCGGCUGUGAGGGCAGCGCCGGCCGGGGAUCGAGAUUCGAUGUCCUGAGCAGCCCGCUCUAAGAUGAAGCUAUGGAAGUUGGCAGCUGUCGUCUCCAUGAUCUGCAGCUCCAUGCUGUCCGUCUGGGUGUGUAGAGACACAUUUCGCACUGGCCGGCAACUCAGCUCCACUCGGCCUCCUGCCAACAGGGGAGGCCUCCACAGAUCCCCCCGGGCCCUGGACCACCGGAGACCCCUGAUCUCUCAGUACCGAGCUCUGUUCGAGAGCUACACCGAGGGCGAGAUCCGCGAACUCGUCGCCACGCUGGUGGAGCGCUACAGCCCGUCUGUGAACUCCGGCGGGCACGAGCUGCCCCUCCCGGGCCGGGCCGGGGCCCGGCGGAAGCGGGCUCGGGCCCGUCACAAACCCUGCGGGCUGCGGGAGCUGGAGGUGAGCGUCAACGAGCUGGGCCUGGGCUACGUGUCCGAUGAGACGGUGCUCUUCCGCUACUGCAGCGGCACCUGCGAGACGGCCGUGCGCGUCUACGACCUGGGACUGCGCCGGCUGCGGCAGCGGCGGCGGGUGCGCAAGGAGAAGGUGCGAGCCCAGCCCUGCUGCCGCCCCCUCGCCUACGACGAGGGCGUCUCCUUCCUGGACUCCAAGAACCGUUACCACACGGUCAGCGAGCUCUCGGCCAAGGAGUGCGGCUGCGUGUGACCUGGGCGGGGGGCGGCGGCUGACCCUGGCCCGGCCCUUGGGCCGCUGGGUCAUCUACCUCAGGGGUACGGCUGGACUCCGCCCUUCCCCCCCGCCCCCCAGGCCUGGCGCCCCCUGCUUUCUCCCCUUGGGUGGGAGCCCUUGGGGGCCGAGACACCACGCAAAUCGGAAGCCGAGGACUCUACCUCCUACGCGGGGCCUUCCCAGAUUACCUCCUCUCUCUCCCCAGGCCGAGGCCCCUCGGCAGGCUUGCGUCCAGGGGGCGUCUCCGCUCUUGCUUUCCAGAGAGCUGUAACUGGGGCCGUCCAGGAGGAGGUGGAGGAGGACAGUGCUGUUUGGAUGGCCGGUCUAACGGUUGGGGAGGGGCGGGGCCCAGAGGGUCUCGGGCCCAGAGGAGGCGGGAGUCGGGUGGGAUGGGAUUGUACACACACCGUAUAGCCACUGUCUGAAAAUGUACAGGAAAUGAUAUUCUAUAUAUGUGAAUCUAGCUAUAUCUAUAUCUAUAUAAAAUAUUGAUGGAGCUUUCCGGGACCCUGCCGUGUCCAUCUAGAGACUCUGAUGCGUUCUGAAGGGGUGCCGAUAUGGGGCAAGGGAGAGGGACCUGUCGUCCCCCUCCUCACCCACCACCCCAAUUGCUGUCCAGUCUAUCCCUGCUCCCCAGUUCUCCAGACACAGAGGGCCAGCCUCGGAGUUGAGCUAGCAAGCACCCUGAGAACUCCCUUCUCCCCCUGCUCCUUUUCCUCCUCCUCAGUCUCUGCCUCCUUCCCUUCCCCUCCUCCUUUCCCUCCCUUGCCUCUGUGGCCCAGCUUGAGAAGGAACUGGGCUAAGCCCCUGCCUCUGGGAAGGCCUGCUGGAUUCACCCUGUUCUGCCCACAGCUGAAUCCUUUCUCCCAAGACUCUCUCCCCCCUACCCCAGUAGCCCAGCCAGAACACCCCUCUGGGCAAUGGUCAAUGUCUCUUGUGGGCCAACUGUAAACUGGGCCAGGUGCAGAGGGCUGAGGGCAGGAGGCACUACCCUAGGUGGGUCUGAGGGGAGGAGAGAGCACCUGGGUCCAAGCUCAUCCAGCGGCAUAGGGCCCCAGACCCCACUAGGACCCUCCCCUCUCCUCAGUCCCUGCUUCCCGCUGGGACCCUCCCCUCUCCUCAGGCCCUGCUUCCCUUGGUCUGAUUUCCUUGAGGGUCAUCCAGGCCAGGCCAGAAGAGUCCCUGGCUGU